GAAUGAUUGAGGUUUCCCUCGCGUCUUCCUCUCUUUCCGCAACUUUCCCUGUGUCUCUAAGCACACAUCUUUGAAGGGGCAACUUCAGGCGGACUAGGCAGCUGGGAGCAUCGUACGUCACUUUGUGCUGACGAGCAUCGACGACCACCGAGUCGACGGACGUUGAUUGCUGCUACCAGACCGCUCUCUAGCAAGACCCGUUUUGAGAACUGUUAGGCAGCACUGAGUCUGUCCAAACCGUGGACAGCGUACUGCUUGCUUUCGUAUCAGAAUGCCCAGUUGACUCUGUUCUUUUUGGUGGCUUCCCAUACUACGCGGACUUCCCGGUUGACGUCUGCUUGUACGCUUCUCUGUCCCCUGUGAAAAAAUUCAGAAACGGGUUUUGGAGUCAGAACUGUGUCCACAGCGUGGUGAGUUUACCAGUUUUCCCGUCCUUCAUUGUUUUCGUGACUAGCUUUUCGUUCCGUUCCACAGACAGCGCAAUGCGCCUGUGGAAGAGUCAUGUUUUGUGGAGGUCCGUGUCUUCUCCCGAGACAAGAAAGCUCUCGCGGUCCACGUUUCUGCUAGGAAGAGAUCCGUCAGUUUUGGGGUGUCUCACUGGCUGUACGUUCUGCGCUAACAUUUCUGACCAAGACACGCGCCGAACUACAGCACGGGACUUCGUUGUGUCGUCUGGUUCGUCGUCCAGCGAGGGUUUUCACGCAUACCAUGAAAACAAUGGAAAGACUAAAUGGGCUUCACGCUGGCAAUAUGAUGGCCACCGCCGCGCGUCUCCGUCGCCUCUUCAGGAUCCACAGGUCGUGACGUGCCAAAGCUCCACUUUGAACAGCAGUCGAGGAUCUGACCUCCAGAGACAUAAUCGGUUGCUUCACUCGUCACCGUUUUUUGGAGAGCGACGACGGUUGUUUGCAUCACCAGCUUUGUCUGCAGGCGUGGCGCCAGCGCCAGCAACGCUUGCUGAACUUGAUGCUAGGAAGCUGCAGAUCAAUAAGAAAAUUGGUUUCUUGCAUCCGCUACCAAGGAGAGAGAGUAUUGGCUUCGGCCAGGUUUUUACAGACCACAUGAUCGAGGUGGACUGGGACGAUCAACAUGGUUGGUAUUCACCGGUCCUGAAGCCUCUAGGGCCAAUUUCCCUGCACCCGGCAAUCAGUUCACUUCAUUAUGCUAUCUCGGCGUUUGAGGGCCUAAAGGCUUAUAAAACAGAAGACGAUCGGGUGCUUCUUUUCCGUCCUUUUGACCAUGGCGAACGCUUGAAUCGAUCAUGUGCACGGGUUGCCCUUCCUCAAUUCGCUGUUGAUUCUUUCGUGACCUUGUGCAAGACUCUGGCGAAAAUGGAUAGUCGAUUCAUAUUCCAGGACCGAGGUCUCUCUCUCUACCUUCGACCCCUCGUCUUUUCAACAUACCCGGCACUUGGUGUGUUCCCACCUCGCAUGGCAAAGAUGAUCAUCAUGGCUUCGCCGACUGGUGGAUACUUCUCAAACACAGGCGCUCUCGCCAAUCUCUUCGUUGAAAAAGAUUAUACUCGUUCCUGGCCGGGAGGCUCUGGGAGCCACAAGGUUGCAGCGAACUACGCACCGACAAUACAGCCUUGCAAAGAACGGAUGCAACAAGGAUUUCAGCAACUAUUGUGGACCGUACCGGAGAGCGACGACUACAUUUGGUGCGAGGGAGGAGCAAUGAGCCUCUUCGUGUUUUGGAGGAAUGAAACGGGCAACAACGAGUUAGCUACUCCUGCCUUGGAACGUGAUCUCAUUCUUCCAGGAAUUGUCCGGGAUACUGUGCUGACUCUGGCAAGGGGUUACCCGGAUAUCGCAGUGAAGGAGCGGAAAAUCUUGAUGAAGGCAGAUUUUGUAAAGGCGUACCGAGAAGGUCGAGUCCACGAGGUAUUCUGCACCGGGACGGGAGCCAUUGUAAAGCCUGUGGGUGUGAUACAUUUUGAGGGGGAAGAUUUCGACUGCGCUCCGAGGGAUCUCGAAACUUCACUGGCGUACAAGCUCCACAGCGACAUAUCUGACAUUCAGUAUGGGGUUGUACCCCAUCACUUCAUGCAGGAAUGUUGAUUGUUAAGACCUGACACUUGCUCUUCUGGCACGCGUCGCUCCCUAGAACCAGUCGAAUUAGUCAUGCGCCGCUCGUUGUCGCCAUCACACUUCUGAACAGCAACGUUUGGAAAAGACUAUAAACUACGUAGUGUGUGAUGGCAGCCGGUUGCACGCACCCCCCCCGUGGCGUCAGUAGGCCAUGAGUUGUCUUCUCCCGCACAGUCAACCAUUUUUAGGUUACUCAGUCUCCUUCGUACUGCUGCACCAAA